AAGGCAUCCUCGGGCCGACGCAUUUGCCAUGGUCACGUGGCUGGUGGUCGGCGGCUUGGACAAUGGCCUCCUGGUGCGAGAGGAGGCAGACCUGAAGAGCCGGGAGCUGGGGCGACUGGCGCAUGGGGCGCUUCUGCUGGAGGAGGAGCUAGUCGCUGAGCGGCUGCGGUUUCAGAAGCUGCGGGGGCACGGCCCCAAACGCGGCUACUGCUCGGUGCGGAUCAAGGGCAAGGAGCUGCUCUCCCGUUGCGCGCGGGUCCCGGCGCCGGAGACGCCACUGCCGUCGGCGGCCAUGGAGCCUUUGGCGGUGUUGCACGGCAUGGCACGCUGGUUCCCCUUCCGCCGCGUGGCCAACUUCCGGGACGUGGCCGACAGCCACCCGGGCGGUGGCCGCAUCCGCUGCGCCGGGGGCGUCCUGCGGCAGCGCCGGCUCUUCCGCGCAGGGCACCUGGCGGCCGCCACGGCGCAGGAUUUGGAGCUGCUCAAGUCGCUGAACGUCCGCAGCUACGUGGAUCUCCGCGAUGGUCUCGACUUCGAGGGCGCGGAUGCGCCGGUCUACGAUCACUUUCCUCCCCGUCCACGCGAUACCACAUCCAAGCUGCAGGAAGGACAGCGAAGGAGGAUUUGGUGCCCAUUCAGCAAAGACCUGAAAUUGCGGAGUUGGACGGCGGCGGAGAAAUCGGGACUGGUGCCCGAGUGGGAUAGAAGCGCCUGGGUCUCCUGGUGGUAUCAGCGCGUCACGCGAAUGACCAUGGAGAGAAAGGUGGAUCUGAACAUUCCCGCCACGCUGUGCGCGCUGAACCGCGCCAUUUUGUUCAUCAACUCAGACGAGGUACUGAAGGCCAUGCGUGCUUUGUCGGAGGAGCAGAAUUACCCGGUGCUCUUUGGCUGCGUGGCGGGCAAAGACCGCACCGGCUUGCUCGCCUGCCUUGUGCUCAGCGUCCUUGAGGUGGACAAGGACAUCAUCAUGGCCGACUACCUAAAGACAAACUUGGCAGCGGAGCACAUCAAUGCUUGCGCGCAGGUGGGCACAGCGCUGUGGUGGCGGCAGCUGGAACAAGAAGAUCCCAAGCGGUGGCAGAUGAUGCAGAGGAAUGGCCAGGUUCAGCGGCUCAAGUACGACGCCUCAUGGCCGGGACUAACAGGCUCCGAGGACGAGUUCGCGCAGGUCUUCCCCGCGGUGUUCCGUGACACCAUGGCCUACACCUUGCAGAUGCUCGAGGAGGAGGGGGGCGCCCUGGCGUACCUCAGCUCCAUUGGCUUCGGGCCCGAGGACCUGCAGAAGCUGCGGCGAUGCCUGGUGGAGCCGGCAUAGUUCGCCAUUGGACAACUUCAGUGGCUUCAGUUCAGAGGUCCUCUCCUCUUUGCACUGAGAUGAAGGCAACUCUGCGGCUUUCUGCCAAUGGCAAGGGGCCAGUUCUUUGGCGAGGAAGGCCAUGCGAUCAAUUGGUGAGCAACGAGGAAGAGUCUAGAUGCAUUGCUCACCGAGCCCAUUCUGUGAGGCAUAGCUAGU